GCGAAAGCUACAUUGACUAUGGUAUAAGUACAGGAUCUCCAACUCCCCUCAUCAACAGCCUUCCUAGGAGACGAGCAGCAGAAACCUCACCCAGAAAUCCCCAGGUCACCCAGCCAGAACAGCCCAGCCCAGGCGAAACCGCCUCUCACUCGAACCACCUUCGCUCCUCAAUAUCAUAUAAAGAAAAGCCAAAAUGCAGCUCACAUCCUUCAUCACCACCGCUCUGCUCUUCGCAGUCAGCACCGUCUCCGCCCCAACCGCAGCCCCAGCCGAGCUCAUCGAACGCCAAUCCGCCACCCGAUGCGGUAGCUUCUCCUACUCCUCUGGCGCCGUCAGCGCAGCCCUCAACCAAGGCUACAGAUACUACCAAAACGGCCAACAAGUCGGCAGCAACGACUAUCCUCAUCAAUAUAACAACCGUGAAGGUUUCAACUUCGCUGUUUCAGGUCCAUACCAAGAAUUCCCCAUCCUGCAGAGUGGAAACGUCUACACUGGUGGCUCACCCGGUCCAGACCGUGUUGUGUUCAAUACUGCUGGACGAUACGCUGGUGCCAUUACUCACACUGGAGCUAGCGGGAACAACUUUGUUGGAUGUUCGGGUACUUCUACAUAGAUUACUUUGUCAAUCGAAAAAGUGUGGAUCGAUCUACUGG